CUCGCAGGCCCGCGCCGCAGCCACCGCCACCGCCGCCGGCGCCACCGCCGCCAUGGCGGAAGUCCACAGACGUCAGCAUGCUCCGGUUAAAGGAGAAGCCCCCGCGAAAUCCUCCACACACAGAGAUGAGGAGGAGCUGGGGAUGGCGCCGGCCGAAACGCUAACGGUGUUCCUGAAGCUGCUGGCCGCCGGUUUCUACGGCGUGAGCUCCUUCCUCAUCGUGGUGGUCAACAAGAGCGUGCUCACCAACUACAGAUUUCCAUCUUCGCUAUGUGUUGGACUUGGCCAGAUGGUGGCCACGGUAGCGGUUCUCUGGGUGGGAAAGACACUCAGAGUAGUCAAGUUUCCUGACUUCGACAGAAACGUACCUCGAAAGACGUUUCCACUACCUCUACUAUAUUUUGGGAACCAAAUCACGGGACUGUUCAGCACAAAGAAACUGAACCUGCCCAUGUUUACAGUUCUGAGAAGGUUCUCCAUUCUGUUUACAAUGUUUGCUGAAGGCGCUCUACUCAAGAAGACUUUUUCCUGGGGUAUUAAGAUGACUGUAUUUGCAAUGAUCAUUGGAGCCUUCGUAGCUGCCAGCUCUGACUUGGCCUUUGAUCUGGAAGGAUAUGUUUUUAUUUUGAUCAAUGAUGUCCUGACAGCAGCAAAUGGUGCAUACGUGAAGCAGAAGUUAGACUCAAAAGAGCUGGGAAAGUAUGGUCUGCUCUAUUACAAUGCACUGUUCAUGAUUCUGCCCACCCUGGCCAUUGCGUAUUUCACAGGAGAUGCACAAAAGGCAAUGGAGUUUGAGGGCUGGGCCGACACCCUGUUCCUGCUGCAGUUCACCCUCUCCUGUGUGAUGGGGUUCAUCUUGAUGUAUGCUACAGUACUCUGUACUCAGUAUAACUCUGCUCUUACCACAACGAUAGUUGGAUGCAUUAAGAAUAUAUUAAUAACUUAUAUUGGAAUGGUCUUUGGUGGAGAUUAUAUUUUCACAUGGACAAAUUUUAUCGGCCUAAAUAUCAGUAUUGCUGGAAGCCUGGUGUACUCUUACAUCACUUUCACCGAAGAGCAGCUGAGCAAGCAGUCAGAGGCCAAUAACAAGUUGGACACGAAGGGGAAAGGAGCAGUGUGACCUCCGCAGACCAGAAGACGCUGAGGCCUCCUGGUUGCAGGGAACCAGUAUUCCUUUGCAAUUAUACAACCCUGGGAUUGACUGCUGCCUUUGAAAAUUUAUUGACUGUAUGUUAACUAUGUUUGAAUUAAUUUAUAUCAGACUGGAAAAUGUACUGGGUGGAUAUUAAUUUAUUUUUUUCCUCUGACAGUGAAACAUCAGUGUUUUGAAAUCCUUUGCUCUAUAGCUUUCU